AUGGCUUCAACUAAUACUUCCGACGCACUGGGCCAAUCUCAGGGGCUUUUAGAGUCACUCCAACAACAUGCGACAUCGCUCAUCAUCACCUGGUUAUUGCUACCACUCCUGGGCGUGGUGGUCCUUCGUCGUGUCUUCCGACCAAAAGCAAAUGAGCCUCCGAGCUUGCCGGGCCUCAUUCCCUACGUUUCAAACACGUACCAAUACAUCACCGACAACAGCAGAUUCCUCGAACGUGCGACCGAAGCAUUGAAGAAAAGCAGUGUCGUGAAGUUCAACCUUGGCACCGAGAACGUUUACCUGGUCGCGGGCUCUCACAAUGUCCAGAAGCUAUUCCGCAACAGUUCGAAUAACACGCUCAGCUCAGACAAGUUCAUCGUCAUGGUCAACGGGCGAGUGCAGGGGAUGAUCGAUGAGGAUGUCGCGGUAAUGUACAAUGAUAAAUCUGGUCGUCUGAAGAUGCCGGCGGCGGGAAAUGAGAGCAGGCCGGAGAACCAGAGGCACUGGUUUGCGUUGCAUCACCUCUUCAACGAGCACCUGUUCCGCGCCGAGGCUACCGCAAGGCUCGCGGAGACGUUCAUCACCUUUUUCGGCGAGAGGCUCGGCCAGCAGCCACUGGGUGAGUGGAAGACCUUGCAACUGUUCAAGUAUCUCAAGAAGGACAUGGCAGAAGCGGCGACGAUCUCCCUCGCGGGGCGCAAGCUGAUUGAGGAUCAUCCGGAAUUCAUCGAUGUAUUUUGGGAAUUCGAUACGGUUGCAAUGCAGCUCAUGUACGGCCUACCGACUUGGAUCAAUCCAAAGCCAAAACAGGUUCAGCGCAAAGCCCUGGCCAUGAUGUCGGAUUUCCUGACAGACGCAUGGGCCAAGUUUGACUGGAACGGUCCGGAUGCUGAUGCAGACUGGGAGCCCAUCUUUGGCUCGAGACUCCAACGAGAACAUUCCAAGUUUUGGGAGAAGAAUGGGUUUGCCCUUCAGUCGCGUGCGGGAAUGUACAUUGGAAGUAUCACCGGUAUCAACUCGAACUCCGUUCCCCAGAGCGCCUGGGCCGUUAUGGAAGUGAUCAGAGACCGGUCGCUCUUCCAAGCGGUCCGCCAAGAGGUUGAUUCGGUCUCCAUCACCGACCCCAAGACAGGAAAACCGACUUUUGAUCUGGCAAAGCUUGUUACCCUACCCCUACUCCAGUCGAUUUAUCUCGAGACACUUCGGAUGCACGUGUCCAUCAAUAUCACUCGUGAAGUCAUGGAGCCAAUGGAGUUGGAUGGAUAUCAUCUCAGCAAAGGCUCCUUGAUUCAAGCACCCACCCAAAUUGGCCAUCGCGAAGAGUCGGUAUGGGGUGUGGAGGGGCAUCCUGCGUCGGAAUUCUGGGCGGAACGUCAUAUUCAAUACGUCGAGAAGGAAGAUGAAAACGGUCAAGUCCAGAAAGUCAAAGAAUUUGUCAUGGCCGGAAGACCCAGUGACUUCUUCCCCUACGGUGGCGGCGUAUCCAUGUGCCCGGGGCGCUUUUUUGCCAAGCAGGAGAUCAUGUUGGCCGUCGCGAUGAUUGCGUCUCGCUUCGAGAUUGAAUUCGAGGAUUGGGUCAACUUUGAUGGGUCGCUUUCCGAGAGGCCGGCUAUGAAUGACAAGGCAUACGUUGGCGCGGGAGCUGUCCCGCCAGAUAGGGACAUGAGAAUCCGCUGGAAAAGACGGUGGUGA